UUACUUUUUUAAUCCAAUUAUGGGAUUUGAUUACGAAGCACUUAUGGUGCAUGGUAAAUAAAAAAAGAUUUUAUAAUUUAAUAUUAAUAGAAUGAAAAUAAUUUGUCUUGUAUUUUAUGUUUUGAUCCAGUUUGUAAUAUGCAGGGAUUUUUAUAUUGGCAUGUUUAAGCGAGAUGACUUUUUAGUAGCACAAGAUGUAUUGUAUAAGGAAGCAAAUCCUUUUGGUUAUACAAUGGCGAGCUACGGGAGGUUAUUCAAGUGUCCAAUAACUUUCUUCAGGGUAGUCGACCGUCUAGGUAUGGGUCGGGGACCCUACACUUCAAUUGUUCGUGGAGGUCUUGGAAAGAAAUAUAUAAAUGUGCGAAUUAGAUCAACAUAUAAACUACCUGUAUCUGUCAAUAUUUACGUCGGCUGUGAAAACAAGAAGCCAAGAGCUGUGACAUUCCCUAAGCGUCCAGAAGGAGCCACCACCAAAGGGAUCGACGCGGCAGCGAAUGGAUCAGCAACGAAUGAAACGGCACCUGAAGAUGGAACACCAGAUUCAAAUAAUGGUACGGCACCUGAAGGUCCAAAACCAGAUUCAAAUAAUAAUACGGACACUGGGGAUAAUAAAGACCCAAACGACCCAAACGGUGCCCCGGAACCAGAACCAGAACCAGAGCCAGAGCCAGAAGCAGAAACAGAACCACCUCCAGAGUAGAGAGGCGACCGAAGGCGAAAACGAUCAAUAACACUUUGCCAUCCGUUCGACUAACGAUCACUCAACCAACUGAUAGUAUCUAUCUAUACAUACAUACAUAUAUACAUAUAAUAAAACUGUAGAAAAGUU